UCAAACUGGAAGGAGGAGGGCAAACCCGGGGAGGCGGGGCUCGUGCCACUGGGAAGCCGAGACGGCCGGCGGCCCCCAGCCCGUACCCCGCGGCAGACCAGCGAUCCCAGCGCGGGCCGCGGUGCUCCGGCGCUCUGUCCGGCGCUCUGUCCGCCGCAUGGCUGACCCCGGCCCAGAUCCUGAAUCAGAGCCCGAGUCGGUGUUCCCACGGGAGGUCGGGCUCUUCGCGGACUCUUACUCCGAAAAGAGCAAGUUCUCCUUCUGUGGGCAUGUGCUGAGCAUCACGCAGAACUUCGGGUCUCGCCUCGGGGUGGCGGCGGGCGUGUGGGACGCGGCUCUGAGCCUGUGCAGUUAUUUCGAGAGCCAAAAUAUGGAUUUCCGAGGCAAGAAGGUGAUCGAACUGGGCGCGGGGACGGGCAUCGUGGGCAUCUUGGCAGCGCUGCAGGGGGGGGAUGUUACCAUCACUGACCUGCCUCUGGCCCUAGAACAGAUCCAGGGCAACGUCCGGGCCAAUGUGUCAGCUGGAGGCCAGGCCCAGGUCCGGGCCUUGUCCUGGGGGAUUGACCAGCAUGUCUUCCCUGGAGACUAUGACCUGGUGCUGGGGGCUGAUAUCGUGUACCUGGAACCCACCUUCCCACUGCUGCUGGGGACCCUCCAACAUCUGUGCGGGCCCCAUGGCACCAUCUAUCUGGCCUCCACGAUGAGAGAGGAGCAUGGGACGGAGAGCUUCUUUCAGCAUUUCCUGCCCCAGCAUUUCCAACUGGAGCUGGUCCAGCGAUGUGAGGAUGAGAAUGUCAACAUUUAUAGGGCCAGGCGCAGGGAACCAAGACCUGCUUGACAUCACCCCUUCUGUCCUUCUGAACCUUUUGCCCUAAUGAAGGAAGUGCCUAUCUCCAAAGCUAUUCCACAGAGCCAUAAGCACAAAGACCAGAAAGGAUGGAUUUCCCUGGCCUCUCUUUUUCUUCCUUCCCUCUUUGUUCCCCCAGAUACUCUUGGGCUGGUGCAGGGAGAUGCCUGCUUACUAGGAAUCCUAGAGCCCUGGCAGUACUGGAGUUAGAGCACCAAGGAGGUUCCCAGCUCCUGUUCUUAGAGGAGGAGGAUGGGAAAGUAUACAGGAUUUUUAGGGGUAAGGGAAGUAAGUGGGUUGUAAGAACAGUGGCUGCGGAGAGAGACUGUCACUGAUCACUUGUAGUCCUGGUGCUGUCUGUUUAUACAGAAUGGACUUUUUAAAAAAACAAAUUCUGUGGAAUUUUUCCUAAAGGGCAACAAAUAAGCAUUAAAAAUCUCUUUUGCAUCCAAAGAACUCAGUUUUUGCCAGGGACUGAGGAGUAAGAAGCUUCAGACCACCUGUUUCUUGCUUUCAGAGAUACAGUCUGGUCUGCAAGGACCAUGGUUCUAACUGGGUGAAGUCCUCCCACCCCUGCAACUGGGAAUAGGCAGCAGAUCUGUCCUUUGGACUGUAGUUUCUUCAUCCUUCUUGGAGUUGGAGCCCUAAUUACAGAACAUCAUUUUCUGCAGAAGAACAUGGGCCUGAGUACUAGGUUCUUUUCACCUGUGGUUUUUAUUUAGACUUCUAAGCUUUAUCAGUCCUUCCAUCCUAAUGUGUUUUGCCCUCACCUCUUUUCUCUUCCCACUGUGGCACCUCUGGUUGGAACUUUCUUUACUUACUGCAUAGCCACAUAGUCACUUCCUCUGGACUCUGUGCGGCCAUUCUCUCUCCUUCAAGCUAUUCUGCAAACUCUUGUAAGCUUUCAAAAUCAGCUCUGAAUAGCUUUUACUGCCUAUGGAAGAAAAACAAGCUUCUCUGCUUGGUACUUAGUCUAUGCCAUGUGAUCCCAAAUUGCCUUUCUACUUCAUUUCCUACAUGAAUUGGACCUCUGGUCAAAUUAUAAAAAAUCUAUUCUCUAACUCCACACUAAAAUUUCCUGACUUCUUCCUCCAUUCUUUAUGAUGAGUCCCUGCUUGGAAGGGCUACUGCUACCUGUCAAAAUCUUCAUUAUCCUUUGCCUCUUUCCUGAAAAAAGGUUUUCCUGAGCCUCUUGCUUGGAUGUGAUUUCUUUCUCCCUGAGACUUUUUCACUGUUUUUUCAUCUUAGGGGACCUUACUUUGUCUUGCAUGGACAUAAUAACCCUCAUUUUCUCACCAUUAGAUUACUUUGGAGGGUAGGGCUGUGGUUUAUUCAUCUCUAAUCCCUACAGUUCCUGGCACACAGUAGGCGUUCAACAAAUAUUUUGCUCACUCAAUAAAUAUUUAUUUGGUUUGUUGAAAGAACUCCACCCCUACUUUCCUGUCCAAUUUGAUAUUGGACAAAUUCCUGAAUCCACCCACCUACCUCACAAGUUUGUUGUGAGUUAUUAAAUGGACAAUGAAUAUAAAAGCGCAUUGAAAAUAAAGAAACAUAAGGUGUAACCCAUAUAUCUU